GACUACCACGAUCAGAUCGUAUCUCUUCUAUCUAUAUCUUUACGGUUUUUUUCUUUCGUCAUUCCAUCGUUUCGUUCGCUCUCAAGCUUUAAACGAGUCCGAGUUGGUUAGUUAUUACGUCGUGUGUGCUCGAUAACAUUAUGUGCUAGCAAUGUGAACGACAAUAUCGACGAUAACGGUAACGGCGACGGCGACGGCGACGGCGACGGCGACGGCAACGGCGACAGUGGCUGUGACGGCGACAGUGACGGUGACGGUGACGGUGACGGUGACGGUGACGGUGACGGUGACAGUGACGAUGACAGUGUGACCACUGACGUUUCGUUUCGGAUCGGCCACAACGCGUGUGUAUACAUACAACCAGUUGCUUGUUGCGUAACUACUAUUUUACGAUAGCAAUCUCCUCGUUGCUCUGUCGAAUGCAGGUUCAACAUUACUAGAAAUUACAUUUUCAUCACCUAUUUACAAAAUCGGAUACCAUUUGUUCAAUCAGCUGCCGUAACGUGAAAGAUCGCGAAAAGUUGAAGGAGGAAAAGCAAAAAAGGAACGAAAGCAAUACCAAACGCAGCAUAUUUUUCAAAAAUGGCGGCAGGAACGUGUCGAUCAGUUUGAAGAAAAAUCCGAAGAACCGUAAAAAUGGUGCUGGUGGUAAACGGAGUCCUGCAAGAGGACAUUCCAACGGAUAGCAGAUCGCUGUACGUAGCUCAUCCGGUAUAUCGUGAAACUGCAGCCCAACUUCAUUCGAUGCCAGCAAAAUUAGUGGGACCGAUGGGACUUCUUUACGUACGUCAAAGGGAAAUGGCCGCUACUUUGCCACACGACAAAAAUGUAAGCAUCAUUGGCUCGGAUGAUAUGACUACCUGUAUAAUUGUCGUUGUGAGGCAUUCCGGUUCCGGUGCUGCCGCGUUAGCGCACCUGGAUGGUGCUGGCACAGAAGAUGCAGCAGCAGCAAUGAUCCAGAGGGUAACAGAACUCGCCCUUGGAUUUCCAGAGGGUCGUCUGGAACUACAACUCGUCGGUGGUUAUUCCGAUCCAAGAAAUUAUUCCGAAGAAUUGUUUUGCAAUAUUCUUUCGGCAUUUCACAAGCAGCCAGUGGAGAUCGAUCUAACUAUAUGCUGUGUAGGCGAAUUGAACACUACGAUAAGAGGUAGCACUCAUUGGCCGGUAAUAUAUGGUAUCGGAUUGAAUGUAAAAACGGGCGAGAUUUUCCCUGCAACUUUCCCCGACAAGGGACCCGACCAGGCGCUGAGAUGCGCCAGGCAUUUAACCGGAGGUCAACAGGUCCUGGAUGUUUACGACUGUACGCUUGGUUUACUUAGAAUCGGACCGUUCAACUAUGAUCCUUUGAGAGGGGUCGAUCUCUGGUUAGCCCAAUCCGAUCAGUUUAUUCUACAACAUCUUUCGACUUCGCCGGAAGUUGAACUGCCACAUUUUGUAUCACAGGUACGCGCAACACUCAAGUACAUACAGGACAAUCAGUUUCCGGCUGUCACCGUCUUCCGUGAUAAUCGACCCCAUUAUUAUCGCCGGGAUGAAACCACCGGUGUUUGGCAACCUAUACGAUAUUGAUACCGAGUAUUCGAGUUAUGCGUGAAGGCUUAUAUGAAAGAUAUUAUUAAAAUGACGAUUAGUGAAAUUUUCAUGAUAAUACAAGAUUCCUAUAGGGUUCAAAUAAUUCAAAUAAUUCAAGAGUAACGAAAUGAAGAAUUUUUAUUAUGAAAAAUCUGCAUAAUAAUAUGGAUGGUACAAUGA